UUGUGUCAAUGAUCAGCUGUCGCCCGAUUUCUGAUUACCACGGUUAACCUCGAAUUUCUAAGAUUUGAGGUGGCAAAAUUAUGUUUUUAAUUUAACAAUGGAAAUGAAUUAAGAAUUUGAAUAUCUUAUCGUCAUCAGGGCGUCAUUACAAACCGAACCAAAAUGGAUCUACACAAACCUAUAGAUUUGGGAAAUAGGACCCUUGAAGAACUAACUUCUGAAGAAAAAUUAAGAUAUGAUCACCAGAAGUUACAUGAAAAACAUAAAGGGCAUGAAAAAAUGCACGCCGAAAUGGUUGUUAUACUAAUCCUUACUUUGGUUGUGGCACAAUUGGUACUUUUAGAAUGGAAGAAACGAUAUUACAAAAGUUAUUCAAUAGUCACGUUGUUAGGUAUGUGGUUAGUACCUAUUGUAGUGUGUUUGAAAAAUCAUUGGUGGAGAUUUAUAUUUAUAUGGUUACUGUUUUCGUGUAUAACAGGGCUUAUUGUUAGAAAAGCUGUCCAAAGACCUUUGGAAGGAACCACACCAAGGCUCGUGUACAAAUGGUUUCUACUACUUUAUAAGCUAAGUUACAUAUUGGGUAUUGUAGGCUAUGUAGUAAUGAUGGCAGUGUUUUUUGGUUUAAAUCUAGUCUUUAAUGCUCAAGCCAACAUAUGGAUGGACGUAGCAUUGUUAUUCAUUUUCUACGGAUUGUAUUAUGGUGUACUUGGUAGAGAUGUUUCAGAAAUAUGUGCUGAUAAAAUGGCGUCUCAUAUAGGGUAUUAUACUGCUCAAGGAAUGCCUACAAAAAAUCUACAUCCAAAUGUAUGUGCAAUCUGUGGUAAUAGACUGUUAGUUUCGACUGAUGAAGAGGGUGUUAUAGAAAAUACAUAUAGCUUAAGUUGCGGGCAUGUGUUCCAUGAAUUCUGUAUAAGGGGCUGGUGUAUAGUGGGCAAGAAACAGAUUUGCCCCUACUGCAAAGAAAAGGUAGACCUUAAGAAAAUAUUCUCAAAUCCAUGGGAGAAGCCCCAUAUACUAUUCGGAAACCUUUUGGAUAUGAUUAGAUGGCUGGUGGCAUGGCAACCGAUGGUCUUGUUUUUAGUUCAAGGUAUAAAUUAUGUCCUUGGCUUGGAAUGAUAAACCUGAAUAAAGCGUUUGUUACCAAA